AUGCAUCCCUUCGCUUGUCUGUGCAUCGUGCUGAGCUUGGUGGGAGGAGGGAGCUGCUCCUGUCCUUCCCAGUGCAGCUGCGACUAUCACGGCAGAAACGACGGCUUGGGGUCCAGGUUGGUGCUGUGUAAUGACAUGGAUAUCAAUGAGAUCCCCACCAACUUCCCCGUGGACACCGUGAAGCUUCGCAUAGAGAAGACUGUCAUCCGGAAAAUCUCCGCUGAGGCCUUCUACUACCUGGUGGAGCUCCGGUACCUCUGGGUGAGUUACAAUUCUGUGGCCAGCAUUGACCCCAGCAGCUUCUACAACCUAAAACAGCUGCAUGAGCUGCGCCUGGAUGGGAAUUCUCUGGUCGCUUUCCCUUGGCCAUCUCUACUGGACAUGCCCCAUCUGAGGACUCUGAAUUUGCGCAAUAACAGAAUAACCAAUGUGCCAAAUGAGGCGGUUCGGUAUGUGAAGAACCUCGCCUACUUGGAUUUAUCAAGCAACAGGCUAACGACAUUGCCUCCAGAUUUUCUAGAGAGCUGGUCUCACUUAGUUACAAUUCCUUCUGGAAACCUGGACCUCUCACCAAGAAGAAUUAUUCUCGGUCUGCAGGACAACCCUUGGUUCUGUGACUGUCACAUUUCCAAAAUGAUUGAGUUGUCGAAGUUUGCUGACUUUGCUGUCGUGCUUCUGGAUCCACUGAUGGUUUGUAGUGAGCCCGAGCACCUGGCAGGAAUUCCAUUUCAGCGGGCUGAGCUGGAGCAGUGUCAGAAGCCAUCUGUGAUGACCUCGGCCACCAAAAUCAUGUCUGCUCUGGGCAGUAAUGUCCUGCUGCGGUGCGAUGCCACUGGCUUCCCCACCCCACAGCUCACGUGGACCAGAUCUGACAGUGCACCAGUUAAUUAUACAGUAAUACAGGAAUCUCCCAGGGAAGGAGUCAGAUGGUCCAUAAUAAGCUUGACGGGCAUUUCUUACAAAGAUGCUGGAGAUUACAAAUGUAAGGCCAAAAAUUUGGCUGGGAUGUCAGAAGCUGUGGUUACGGUGACAGUGGUUGGUAUUGUCACAACCACCCUAUCAAUAGACACUUCAGAAAGAAGAACUGGCAAUCACCCUGAGCAGGAGGUCCAGCCGGGAUCUGGGAGACUGACAUCCAUGCCGAGUUCAUCAUCCCCCUGGUCCUCUUCCUCCCCCCCUCCCUCCCCCGUGUCUUCCACUUCUCUGUUGAAUUCCACUCUGUCUCCUCCCCCCACCGCUUCCUUCUCUUUAUCUCCUUUCCUCUCCUCCCUUGUUUCUUCAACCGCAAGGCGAAGCUCUAGCAUUUCAGCAAGUACCACCACGGCCAGCAGGCUGUCGCUCCAGGUCCAUCCAGAUGGGAGCAGAAAUUUAAAGGUGGAGAUGAAUGGAAGUAAGCUUCCCCCAGCCAGUGCGAGUAAAAAAGAAGAGCUGGCAAUGCCUAUGGAGACAAACGCCACGGUAGAAAAUCUCAGGGUGGUUAGCGAGACUCAAGAGAGUGUGACUUUGAUGUGGAACGUCAUUAAUACCUCACAUAACUCUGCGGUGACUGUGUUGUAUUCCAGAUACGGUGAGAAGGACCUGCUGCUAUUGAAUGCAGACUCUAGCCAGAACCAAGUAACCAUAGAUGGCUUGGAGCCUGGUGGGCAAUACGUGGCCUGUGUCUGCCCCAAAGGAGUGCCUCCCCAGAAAGACCAGUGUAUCACCUUUUUUACCAAAAGAGUUGAAGACCAUGAUUCCCAAUGGUUUUUGCUUAUUGGGGUGACCAGUACUGCCUGUAUUGUUGUCUUGCCAUUGAUUUGUUUCUUGUUGUACAAAGUUUGCAGACUGCAAUGUAAGUCAGACUCUUUGUGGGAAGAUGAUUUGGCAAAAGAGACUUAUAUCCAAUUUGAGACCCUGUCUCCCAGGUCUCAAAGUGUGGGGGAGCUAUGGACACGAAGGCACAGGGACGACUCAGAAAAAAUGCUGCUCUGUUCUAAGACGAGAGAAGGAUCUCAGGUGACCUUUAAAAACGAAGGCUCCAGGCCAGAGUUUUAUUGCUAA